ACCACGCAGUCGCGGCGCAUUACCUCGUGUAUCGUUGUGCAACAACCUCUACAACACGCCCAAACCCAAGCUUCAUUUGCGACUAUCCAAAGAUUUCGAUAGAAGUCUUUGCGCAAACCCGCGACGAUCCCUGCGGCGCCUCGACGCGUUCGGACCUGCCUACGAGACAAACCAGGACGUUACUGUGAUCUUUUUCUGCAUAGCUGUCUAUACGUAUGCGUCGCUCUUGAGCUUGAGCUGUGAGGCUUUUCAAGUCUCUUCGCGCCUACUUUGGUUCAUCUUCGACGCUUCUAGUCUGCUUCGCCACGCAUCGUUCUAAGCACACAUUGUUCUCCGUCGCCGUAAAGAACAUCAGCACAUCCGCGGCGAAGCCUAGUUGAAGAUGGACCCUUACAACAACGGUACUUACGAUGAUGAAUAUGGAUAUGAUGAGGAUGAGGACGUCAUUACGUCAGAGGACUGUUGGGACGUUAUCACCGCUUUUUUCGAAGAGAAGGGGCUUGUGUCGCAGCAGAUUGAAUCGUACGAUGAAUUUGUGACCAAGCAUAUGCAGGAUGUGGUGAAUGAAGAGAGCAGAGUUAUCCUGGACCAGAACUCGCCGCCUGGUGGUGACGAGGAUAACCCCAUUAUAAAACGGCGAUUUGAGAUCGCCUUUGGGGUGGUCAAAGUCAGUGUGCCUAUCAUCACCGAAGGCGACGGUGUCAGUCACAAUCUUUGGCCGCACGAAGCGCGUCUUCGAAGCCUUACGUACUCAUGUCCUAUGUACGUGCCGAUGGAGAAGAAAGUAUCUGAAGCGACCGAGAGACCCACAGGCUAUGGCGAUGACGACGCGAAUGGUGAAGAGCAGGAACAAGAAGGCGGCGCCAUGACGAGGCUAUAUUGGAGAACUGUGCAGCAGGAUGCGGCACCAAAAGAAGCGCACAUUGGUCGUAUGCCAACCAUGUUGAAGUCCGUCUUCUGCUCUCUCCGUGGCAAAUCGGAUGACGUUCUCUUCUCGCAUGAUGAAUGUCCAUACGACCAGGGAGGUUAUUUCAUCAUAAAUGGCAGUGAGAAGGUGCUUAUCUCACAGGAACGAAGCGCAGCAAAUAUUGUCCAGGUCUUUAAGAAAAAGCAGAGUCCGACUCCGGUAAUUGCUGAAAUCCGCAGUGCGAUAGAGCGUGGCUCGCGUUUGGUCUCCAGUAUACAAGUCAAACUUUUUGAGAAGGGUCAAAGCGCAAAGGGUGUGACGGAUCAGUACAUUCGGACUAGCCUGCCGUACAUCAAGGCUGAUAUCCCAAUCGUCAUCGUCUUCCGCGCAUUGGGUGUUGUGUCCGACGAAACCGUGCUGGAUCACAUCGUGUACGACAAGAGCGACACUCAAAUGCUGGAAAUGUUGAAACCAUGUCUUGAGGAAGCGUUCGUGAUUCAAGAUCGCGAGGAAGCCUUGGAUUUUAUCGGCAAGCGAGGCAGCCAGACCGGAACCAAGGACAAACGCAUACGAUAUGCGCGUGACGUAUUGCAGAAGGAGUUCCUGCCACAUAUCUCGCAAAAGGAGGGCAGCGAAACGAAGAAGGCCUUUUUCUUGGGCUACAUCGUGCAUCGUCUGCUCCAAGUUGCUCUUGGAAGACGAGAGGAAGAUGAUCGAGAUCACUUUGGCAAGAAGCGUCUUGAGCUGGCCGGACCCCUGCUGUGCUCGCUUUUCCGAAUUAUGUACAAGAAGAUGAAGAGCGAUGUGCUCAAGCAUCUGCAGAAAUGCGUCGAGACGAACCGUGAAUUCAACUCGUUGCUUGCUAUCAAGACAGGCACGAUCACGAACGGUCUUAAGUAUGCGCUAGCCACAGGUAAUUGGGGUGAACAAAAGAAAGCUGCAUCGGCAAAAGCUGGCGUCUCCCAAGUGCUGAACCGAUACACGUUUGCGUCCACAUUGUCGCAUUUGCGGCGUACAAAUACACCUAUCGGACGUGACGGCAAAAUAGCGAAACCACGUCAGUUACACAAUACUCAUUGGGGUUUGGUCUGCCCUGCAGAGACACCUGAAGGACAGGCUUGUGGACUUGUUAAAAACUUGUCUCUCAUGUGUUACGUCUCCAUCGGAUCUCCUGGAGAGCCUAUUAUUGACUAUCUGACCAUGCGUGGCAUGGAAUUGCUUGAGGAAUUCGACCCUCACAAUGCUCAGGACGCGACCAAGAUCUUCGUCAACGGCGUCUGGGUUGGUGUACACCGCGAUCCGACGAAAUUGCACAACAAUCUCAGAACCAUACGUGGCGACCCUAAUUACCUUAUAGAGGAAGUCAGCAUUAUUCGCGACAUUCGAGAACGUGAGCUGCGUAUCUUGACCGACGCAGGACGUGUCAUGCGACCACUGUUCGUCGUUGAAUAUCGAUCUGAACACGCAGAGCGCAAAGGUGAUCUUAUCCUCAGACGAGAGCACCUGCAGAGACUAGCGGCGGAUAAGGAGGUGAUAAUCAAUCCAGCCGAUAGAGAGGAGGAGCAAGAACUUCUACGUAAUCUAGGCUGGAACAGGCUUGUUAAAGAGAAGGUCAUCGAGUACCUGGAUGCUGAGGAAGAAGAAACGGCCAUGAUAGCCAUGACUCCUGAUGAUUUAAUGGAACUCAAACAUCUACAGUACACCAAUCAGCCGAUGGAGAAAGACACCUCGGAUGCGCAUGCCAGGAUUAAACCGAAAAUGAACCCUUCGAUUUCGAGAUUUACACAUUGCGAGAUUCAUCCCGCUAUGAUUUUGGGAGUGUGCGCAAGCAUUAUCCCCUUCCCUGAUCACAACCAGUCACCUCGAAAUACGUACCAAUCUGCCAUGGGCAAACAAGCUAUGGGCGUUAUGCUUACAAACUACAACCUGCGAAUGGAGACCAUGGUUAAUGUCCUGUACUAUCCUCAGAAACCACUUGCUACCACUAGGUCUAUGGAAUAUCUGAAGUUCCGUGAGCUGCCCGCCGGACAAAAUGCCAUUGUAGCGAUUGCGUGCUACUCCGGUUAUAACCAAGAAGACUCUGUCAUCAUGAACCAGAGCAGUAUUGACCGUGGCCUCUUCCGAAGUCUGUUCUACCGAACUUAUACGGACUCGCAAAAGCGUGUUGGCACAAAUAUCAUCGAGGAUUUCGAAAAACCAAUGCGAUUCGAUACGCUUCGAAUGAAGCACGGUACUUAUGACAAGCUUGAUGACGACGGUAUAAUUGCUCCUGGUGUGCGUGUAUCUGGUGAAGAUAUUAUCAUCGGCAAAACGGCUCCUAUUGCUCCAGAUGCUGAAGAGUUGGGCCAGCGCACGAAGGCACACACGAAACGCGACGUUUCUACUCCUCUGAGGAGCACCGAAAACGGCCUUGUGGAUCAGGUCAUCCUUACAACGAACCUAGAAGGCUUGAAGUACGUCAAGGUGCGUACGAGGACAACGAAGAUUCCGCAGAUUGGCGAUAAGUUCGCUUCGAGGCAUGGGCAGAAGGGCACGAUUGGUAUCACAUACAUGCAGCACGAUAUGCCUUUCAGCCGAGAGGGGUUGACGCCGGAUUUGAUCAUCAACCCCCACGCCAUCCCGUCUCGAAUGACGAUAGCUCAUUUAAUUGAGUGCUUGCUCAGCAAAGUCGGCGCCAUUCGAGGUUCUGAGGGCGACGCCACGCCGUUCACAGAUGUCACCGUUACUAACGUCUCUGAUCUCCUUCGCGAAGCCGGGUAUCAAUCCAGAGGCUUCGAGGUCAUGUACAAUGGCCACACGGGCAAGAAGCUCCGAGCUCAAAUUUUCCUUGGCCCGACAUACUACCAGCGGUUGCGUCACAUGGUCGACGACAAGAUUCAUGCUCGUGCACGUGGUCCUGUCCAGAUUCUCACUAGACAACCUGUUGAAGGUCGUGCUAGAGACGGUGGUUUGCGCUUCGGAGAGAUGGAACGUGAUUGUAUGAUUGCUCACGGCGCCGCUGCAUUCUUGAAAGAGCGCCUCUUUGAGGUCUCGGAUGCGUAUCGUAUGCACAUAUGUGAGAACUGUGGUUUGUCGACCGUUAUUGCGAAACUCAAGGACCAAAAGUUUUCUUGUCAGAACUGCAAGACAACCACAAAGAUUGCCCAAAUUCAUAUUCCCUACGCCGCCAAGCUGCUCUUCCAGGAGCUGAUGAGCAUGAAUAUCGCACCGAGGAUGUACACCGACAGGAGUGGCGCAUCCGUUCGUGCUUAAAUUGCAGUUGGAACCGCGGAAUAUCCCCAAUCUUUCACAACUUCGCAACAGCUAUUCUGGCGUUCUGUUACCCCAAUGAAAAAGCGAGGCUUGCAUUUCAUGGCGUUUUACUUUCAUCUUGCUUAGAAAAGGUCGCAUGCUAAAUAAAGCCUGAAAACAUGCGUGGAGCUUACAUGUAUCACUAGAUGCAAUCUAAAACUUGGGGCCCAAGCUUUUCGGGUUAUUCGAUAGUAUUCUCUUGCUCAGUGCCUUGUAGCUACGUAGUUUCGAGUGCUUCGGAUGACUGACAUGAAAACGUUGGAAAGCAGAUUUGUUGGUCUCAGCUAAGCACCGACUCGAUGAAAUGAAUCAAAGAGUGGAUCGAAUCACAU